AUGAUAAUUUACAAAUUGCUAUAUGCAAUCGUAAUAUUCUCAUUCCUAUACAUAAUAAUGGCGUCGAUUUGUGAUUAUCAUGAUUCCAACCAGAAGAAACUAAAAACACAUUAUGUGCCUCUGUUACAAACCUUUAUGAUGGAUAAUACUAACUAUAGCAAAUUCAAAUAAGCAUAUAAUGAAAGUAGUCUGAACAUGAUAGAAGAGCCAAGUUAUUGUAUUGAAUCGGACACAUUGAAACUUUUGCAUCCAGAUAUCCUCUUGGAGGAUAAAUACAUAGUGAGAGAGCUUGACAGAGGGAAUCUACAAAGAGAAAUAAUAAAAAAGAGAAUGUUCGAUUCAAUCUAGAAUUUAUCUCCUUUAAAUAGAUUAGAGCCUUAAACCAAAUUUUAACACCGUGUACCUCCUUAACUUUCUUAUUUUUACACUUACAAACCGAGAUUACAGGAUAAUUAUUACUUAGGUCAAGGAUUGGGAUGCAUGUUUUAAAAAUUUAAUCAUAUCCCAGGCUUGUAUAGUUUAGCAAGUAAGAAUAGUUUAAUUUACAAUUAUGCAAAAUAUAUAUAUGAUAUGAAGAUGAGGAAUGUGAGUAAGCAAUGUAUUUAAAAUGCUUCUUAUGUGCCGCAUACUUUGAGAUUGAAUGUCAAAUAGGAAUGCUAAUAAUUCUUUAAGAAAUUAACCCAAUUACAAAAUGAUUAUAAGAACAAUGUUAAAAUGUAUAAUGGUCCAGAAUAUUUGUUAAAAACUGAUGAGCAUCGUGGAGAAGGAAUCAGAUUAUUGUUUUAAAGUCAAAUGGAAAAUAUCACUGAAGUGUAUCAGAAUGGAGAAAAGUGUGGGAACAUUACAGAGAAGAUAGUGGCACAAAAAUAUAUAAAUAGACCGUUCUUAUAUAAGGGACACAAAAUAGAGUUUAGAAUAUAUAUAUAUUUGGCAAGCAGCAAUCCAUUAUAAUUGUACGUCUACAGGAGAGCAUUGAUAAAGAGAUGUGCUAAUGAAUAUAAUCCAUUGUCUGAAUAAAUACCUGCGCAUAUUUGUAAUACGGCAGUCACAGAGAAAACUCAUAAAAAUUAAACAAAUCAGGGCGAGGGUGGUCUUGAAUCAGAGGAUGAAGAAAUGUUUAUUGAUUGGAAUCUUGAAGGAAUUGAAGAGUUACUUAUUGAAUAAGGAAGAAUAAGUAAAAAACAAAGAUGGCUUCAGGAAUACCUGUAUCCUAGGAUUUACUCUAAAAUUAUUCACACCAUCAGGAGUGGACAAUAUAGUUUCUAUAAAGAUUCGAGGUUCUCAGAAUUCUUGGCUAUCGAUUUCUUAUUGGAUUAUGAACUAGAUAUCUGGUUAUUAGAAAUCAAUUAUAAUCCAUAAAUUUUGAGUGUUACCCCUGAUCGUAUCAAAAGGAAUUACAAAAUGAUUGAGGAUACUGUGGAAAUAGCAUUUGCUUAUUUGAAGUCCAAAUACAAACGAAUCAAAGAAUUCAUACAAUAAGAAUUAUAUAAUUAUAAGCACAGUGGUAAUAGAAUUAGAUAGGUUGACUUCAAAAAUAAAUUCGGUAAUAAGUUUAAUCAAUUGUUGGAGGAUACUUCUAUUGAAUAAGAGUUCAGUAUUUCACCUGAUAAUUUAUACACUCACAUAAUUGAUGAGAGUAAGAGUGGUAAAGAUAAAUAUUUCAAUUUGAUUGAGGAGGAAUGUCUCUGA